AUGGCGUCCCGGCGGCCGCUCUCCCGGCGCCCUGCACCUUCCGCGGAACGCCCGGCGCGCCGCCCGGCCAGAUGCAUCGGGCCUGGCUUUGCCGGAGGCGCGCGGCUCCCGCCGCCGGAUACGGCGGGCCCGCAGCGGAGAUUUACCUCGGCGCAGGGCGGCGGCUUCCGGGGCCGCCCGGCGCCCAGGCUCCGAUUACAGGUUCACACGGGGGGCCGGGCCCGCGGCCGCCCAGCCCAGCCGGCGCGCCCUCACGCGGCCCCGCUCCCCCGCCUGCGCAUUCUUCUCCAUUCAUGCGGACACCCAGCGCCGCCACCACCACCUCCGCCGCCGCCAGCGCGGCCGCCGUCGCCGCCGCCGCCGCCGGCCGCCCGGAUUGGCUGGCAGCCGCGGCGCCGGCACUUUCCCACGGCCCGCGGCGCGUGCGGCUCACCGGCGGCGCUGCAGGCGCGGCCCUGGCGUGCGGCCAGCCCAAUCGGGGCGCGCGGGGCGGGGCGGGGCCGCGGCCGCCACCGGCUUGUGUCCCGGCCCGGCCUCCCCAGCCUGCUCGCCGCCGGCCCACCGCCGCCCGCGCCUCCUCCUUCCCCCCAGCGGAGGCCCGACAGAGCCCCUGCGGAGCCAACACACCGCCGCCGGGCAGGGGCGGGCGCCGAGGGCGGGCGCGGGGUUCGCCCUCGCCCUUGGCCUCGCCCCCGCCCCGCCCCUGAGAGGCUGCCAAUCAGUGGAGCGAGAAAGCGGAUUGGCCAAGGGAAGGCUGUUGCCCGGGAGCCGACGCCCCGCCCCUCCGCCCCCUUGCCCGCCCCCUCUACUCCCCCGCCCUCCCCAGGGCCCUGGGAAGGGGCGCAGCGUGGGAAAGGGAUGGUUGAGUUUUAA